AUGCCGGCCAUCUUCGCUGACCAAGUUCUUCCCGUCGGGAACGAGCAAAAGAUCAAGCUCGACUCUUCGAUCAAGGACCAAGAAAGCGCACAGCGCGAAGUCCCCAGCACCGCCGACUGCGCAACCCACCUCAGACUCCUCGACACAUUUGUCGCGCUCCGCAGAAGCGUCGAGCUGCUCGCCGACGAGGCAGACCUCACCGCCGCGCAAGGCUGGGAUCUGUACUGCGGACGGGCUGUCUCCCGCUUCGAGAAAUGGUCUACUGCCAGCAAGCAGAGAGGGCAACCUCCCGUCGACGUCUUGAUGGCGUGGCACGCCCUCAUGCUGCACCCUAAGGCGUACGCCAGAUUUAUCGAACUUGGCGGCAGUCUCGGCCUGGACGGUCUGGACUGGACUGAAGUCUCGAAUGCGGUCGACAUCGACAUCACCUUGUCGGGAUUCCUCGAUUUGAUCGAGGCCGACGGUACCCUCGAGUCUCUCGUCGCCGAGGGCCGUCAAUCAACCGGCAUCUUCAACCUCAAGAACCAAACCGGCACGGUCCUCUUCUCAUACGACCUCUCCGCGGCGAUCAACCGCCAAUUCGACUUUUCCACAAAGAUGUCCCGCUACGCCUGGCUGCGUUCGCCCACCGCAGAGGCCACCCUCGCACAGUCCGUCGAGCGUUACCGCAACUUCUUCCACCUCAUCGGCGCCCAACCCGGCACGGUGAUGGUCCCGACCCUGGACAUCGACCUGGUCUGGCACACGCACCAGCUCGCGCCGCUGCGGUACCGCGCCUACUCCAAAAAGAUGGCCGGCCGCCUCAUCGACCACGACGACGAGAUCAGCGCCGACAGGCUACAGGAGCUGUCGACGGACAUGCAGGGUCUUUGGCGUGAGGAGUUUGGCACAGAGUACCAUGCCUGUCUCUGCUGGACUUGCGAAGCGGGCAGGGCUCAUGUUAGUGUCGACGCUGUUGAGAGCAGGCUACGUGAUGAGGAGAGGCAACGCGAGCUGCUUCCCCUGGCGGACCUUGCGUUCCCCCGCUGCGCGGACUGCGGCAACCAUCCCACAUCGUGCUGUCCCCCGAGUGACGGUGCUGAGUGCGGAAGCGGUUGCGGCGGAGGGUGCGGUGGUGGUUGUGGAGGCGGCUGUGUCAUGGUCGCCGCCGCAGCCUGCGCCGCUUCAACCAGCGCCUUCGCGGUCCCCCGCGACGAGGACCCCAACUUCGCCUGGCAGGCCCCCGACGCGACGGCCAAGCGCUCGCCGUGCCCCAUGCUCAACUCCCUCGCCAACCACGGCUACCUCCCGCGCGACGGCAACGCCAUCAGCAUGGACAACCUCAUCUCCGGCCUCGGCAAGGCCCUCAACUUCAACGAGUCUCUCGUCCGCACCCUCGGCACGCCCGCCUUCGCCACCUCCACCACCGGCGACGCAAACACCUUCAACCUCGACGACAUCGCCAAGCACAACGUCAUCGAGCACGACGGCAGCCUGUCGCGCGCCGACUUCGCCGUCACGGGCGACGCAAAGACCUUCAACCAGUCCGUCUUUGACGAGACGUACGGAUACCUGACCGAGGGCGCGGCCGCGACGGAGGAGAAGGUCAAUGUGGCGACGAUGGCGACGGCGCGCAGCAAGAGAAUCGCGACGGCCCAGGCGACGAACCCGACUUUCAACUUGACCAGCAGCCAGGUCACCGUCUCGUUGGGAGAGUCUGCGGUUAUCCUUGGUACAUUGGGUGGAAGCUUCUCCGAGCCUGCUGCGCCGUUGGAGUGGAUGAAGAUUGUCUUUGAGGAGGAGCGUCUGCCGUUCAAGGAGGGCUUCAACACCAGCACCGAGGUUAUUACCACCGCUCAGGUCCUGGGGCUGUCGCAGCUUAUCGCUACCAGCAGCACCUAA